AUGCUUAUUCAGUUUGUUGAUAAGCCGGCGACGGCGCAGAAACCGGCAUUGCAGCAGACACAGCUAAUGCAACAACAGAGAUUGCGACAGCAGCAGUCGCAGCAGCAACCGUCACAACAGUUGCAGUCAUUACAGCAACAACGGAAGACGGUAAUACGACCAAAAAGAGCCCAAACAGCGCCAUCGGCAAUUCAACUGACGACGCAAUCAUUGUCGACGUCGUCGGCAUUAACCUCUCUAGGAUCACAACAAGUACAGCAAAUACAACGGCAAGCGCUCCCGCCGCGAAGAUUAGGACCAAUUUUUAAGACAACGACUACUCCAUCUGUGAUGCCUAUAGCCCCUAUGCCUGCUCGACGGCAAGAUGUAGCAACACCAGGCAUAACGCCAGGAUUGGCACCCGCGCCGGCACCCGCGCCGGCAGCUGUGCCCACACCCGUUUCAACGUCUUCUGCCUCAGUACCUGCUCUAGCACCCACGCCGGCGCCCGUUUCAACGUCUGUUGCCUCAGUACCUGCUCUAGCACCCGCGGCAACGUCUGUUUUCGCAUCCGCCCCAACGUCCGUGUCAGCACCCGCGCCAACAUUUGUCACAGUACCUGCACCAACGCCAGUUUCAGUGCCCAGGCCGACGACGGCCGUAUCGGCACCUGCGCCAACACCUGUCUCUGCAUCUGGCUCAAGGCCUGUGCCACAACGGACGUUAACGUCCGUUCAACCACAGGCUCCCCAACAGACAAUACCAUCACAACAGACAUUAUCAUCAACACAAAUUUCAUCAAAUGCCACAAAUAUGCAUGCCGAAACACAGCCACUGACGACUUUGCCACAUUCGGGGCCGUCGCUUUCAUACUACACGCCAACACGUUCAACAGACAGCUUGUUACACGUUCGAUAUGUGUCGAUGAUGACCGGAGCCUCUGUAGAAGACAUUAUACGAAAUUAUCCAGACGCUCAAUCUCAAGUGAAAUUAGCAAUGGAAAUCAUAAGACUUACGACCUCGAAUGCGUCAUAUAAUGAAACGAAUCCGCAGAUACAACAACAGUUACGGUUACAAUUGCAACAAAUGGUACUAAAUCCAUAUGGUCAGACAAGUCUAUUAUCAAGAACUUCUACCACACCUGCAUCCAUGUCCUCACCUCCGUCCACAUCCACUCCGAUGACACGAACUCACCAGACAAUUUCUACAAUGACAACAGAACGUUCUAUACAGCCUAUGGUCGGUGAAUCGCAAUUGACUAUAUCACAGUCUCAACAAGUUGUUGUAACCCUGUCUCAGACGACGGGCAAUCAGUUACAGACUAGGAAUAUUCAUCCACAAUCAACAUCAGUUAAUCUCAUCUCUACGCCAUCAACGCCAUCGUCUACAUCUACUACACCUACCUCUGCAUAUUUUAACGAUGUCACAUUUUUGUAG